AAAAAUACUAUAUCUGACCACAAGAUCUAUCUGGAGACCUUCAAGGACUGGAGGAUCUGGGAUAAGUCCUUCCAGCUGAGGGCAAAUGCAGCCGGCCUCUGGCAUCUUAUUAAUCCGAAAGGAAAUCAACAGCCAAUACAGGCCCCAGUAAAGCCGCUGAUUUCUUCCUAUUUCCAAAGAAUCCCUCCAUAG